GCCAGGUGGAUUCCAUGUCACCGGCGGAUGUUACCUCUGGAGUCGGGGGUAUUGACCGCUCCCGUCUCUCGCGAACGCGCAGCAGAGAAAGGAUGGGAUGGCUUCGCCUCGGCGGGCUUGGGCUUGGCGCGUGGGAUUGAUCGAGUGAGUGAUCUGCGGGCAGGAGCUCAAAUGCCGCAAGGUCGACUCAUCCCUCCUCCCUUCCGACGAGAUUGGGUGACCGGGGCGACCGGGGCGGUCGGGAGCCGAGGGCACGAGUCUCUGAAACCAACCUCUUUGGGCAGACGGGAGCUGGCGGCUGGAGCACCAGUGCUGGACCUCGAGCUCGUGGUGGCUGGCAGUGAGCUCGACUGGCAGCUCCUGCCCGGCAGGUACCAGUCGCACUGAAUGUUGGCGCCCAGCCGCAUGCAGGCCACCGCACAGACCAGGUGGUGCUGGAAAGCAACACUGGCAGCGAGAGAACAGACAAAAUGGAUCCCGCGAGCGGGGCAGGCACAGGCCAAGAUCUGCUGGAACACUGGCCUGUAGCAAAUCUCGCUCGCGCUGCCACACCCAAAGAGUCUCAUCAAUCAAUCACAUCGAAUUCUAGGC